AUGGAGGUCAAGAAGGAGGAAGUGACCUGGCAAUCUCUGCCGCGAAAGGACCAACUCGCAAUUUUGUGCUUCCUACGGUUUGCCGAGCCGGUAGUAAGCAUCUCCCUGCUCACAUAUUUGUUUUACCAGCUACAGUCUUUGGAUCCAACUCUAGAGUCCGGAGCCAUCGUCCGACAAGUCGCGUAUAUGCAAACAAGCUUUAUGCUAUCACAAUGUUUCUCAUCCAUGUUUCUGGGAAAAUUGGCCGAUUCCCCUAGAGGAGGCAGGAAACUUGUUCUUUUGGGCGGCAUAGCUGGAUCAUUCAUCGGAUGCGUCGCUUUUGGUUUUAUCACGAGCUUCAAGCAGGCGUUGGCACUGCGGAUUCUCGAGGGUUUAGUCAACGGAAAUGUAGCGACAGUAAGGACCAUGGUAUCAGAAGUCGUCGUUGAGAAAAAAUUUCAGCCCCAUGCGUUCUUGUUGCUCCCAAUCUCUUUCAACGUUGCCGCCAUGGCCAGUCCAUUGAUGGCUGGACAGCUGGCCGACCUGCCGGGUAAGUAUCCCGACAGGUUUGGUAACAAUGCAUUCCUGAAAGCAUGGCCCUAUGCACCGCCAGCGAUUCUCAGCGGAGGCAUCAUGCUUUUGGCCUUCUUCGCUGUUUUCUUCUUCUUAGAGGAAACUCUAGAACCUUUAAAAGAUAGAUACGAUCCUGGGCUUGCUGUCACCAGAAGGUUCCGCUCACUGUUAUUUGGAAACAAGAUUACAGCAGCAGCCAGGGCAGCCCGAGAAGAGGCCACGGACGAAGAAAUGUUACAUAUGAUCACGGAUGACUCGGAGCCAUCGGAGAGAUUCUCUGAAGAGCAUAAAACACCGAUGAAGGCGGUCAAGCCGGCUCCAAUGAUCCUACCAAUCAAGCGCAUGUUCACGAGAAACAUGUGUCUCAUGCUUCUUUCAUACGCGAUCCAAGAGUAUCACAUCACGACAUACAACACGCUGUGGACAAGCUUUCUAAGCGACCCGGUCGACAAAGAAAAUCAAAUUAGGCUGCCUUUCUUUUUCUCUGGGGGAGCUGGUAUGAAGCCAGAUCAAAUAAUGUGGUCUCUUUCCAUCGUCGGACUCAUGGGAUUGCCCACGCAACUAUUCAUCUAUCCUCGCAUCAGCCGUCGCUUCGGUACUUUGAAGAUGUGGAGAAAGUUCAUGCUCGGAAUGCCGCUGCUGUAUUUUAUUCUGCCUUACAUUGCAGCGAUGCCUUCCACUACACCGCCACCUGCUGGUAAAACAGGGUUCAUGGUAUGGUUUCUCAUCAUCAUAGUACAAAUCAUGAUGGUAGGGACAUCGACAUUUGUCGUACCAGCGCAACUUGUUCUAACAAACCUAUCUUCGCCGCACCCAUCUGCUCUAGCACGGACUCACAGCAGCGCCUUCUUGCUCUCUGGACUGGUGAGGUCAGCGACUUCGUCCAUAGCAGGAAUAGUGUACAGCUACGGCUCAUCACACAAUAUCACUGGCCUCGUGUGGUGGACUGCAAGUGGUGUCGCGAUCCUCGGUUGUCUGAAUAGUCGCAUCGUGCAGGAAGGAAAUGGUCACGAGAUUUGGCUGACCGGUGACACGGAUUAG